AUGACAAGCUUCGCCUUCAUAACUGGCACAAUUCUUUUUUUAAUUCAAUUUGUACCACAUCAGUGUCAAGGUUUCCUGUCUGGGUCGCUAAGGUUACAAGGGCAAGGACUAUCAAGUAGAAGUGCUGGCCGAGUGGAAGUAUUGCACAAAGGACACUGGGGAACAAUCUGUGAUGAUGGAUGGGAUAUGAAAGAUGCUAAAGUCGCAUGUCGUCAACUUGGUUAUCAAGAUGUUGCAAGAACUCUUCAGAGGAAUGAGGUUCCUUCUGGUUCUGGAAAUAUUUGGCUAGUUGCUCUCGAUUGUACUGGAGAGGAAGAAAAGAUUACAAGCUGUUAUCAUAAUGGUUGGGGGAUUAAUUCCUGCUCUCAUUCUCAAGAUGCCGGAGUAGAAUGUUCUACAACAGAUCUUUCAACUUCUCCACUUCAACUGCGGUUACAAGGACCAUUAAGCGCAAAGGGUAUUGGUCGCGUUGAGGUGUUAUAUCAUGGAUAUUGGGGAACAAUCUGUGAUUAUGGUUGGGAUACGCAAGAUGCUAAAGUUGUGUGUCAUCAACUUGGUUAUAAUGUAGAUCAUGCGUUUCGACUGUAA